CGCUUGCUAGUUCAGUUUGAGGUGGUUUCUGCGAAUAACAAUGAAGUUGUUGCUCUUUAUUGUACUUAUCUUCUUGGUGGCUCUCGUCCGGCGUGCUCAGCCAGAAGACAUCAACAAAAUUAAUGGAGGUUUCGAUGAGUUUGAAGUUGCUGACUCUCAGAUAUCUGUUGAACCUCUAGAAGGAUCUGCCGAGGACAACGACGACGAUGAUGAUAAAAAUAAUGGUGAAAAUUACGAGGACGAGGACGAGGACGAAUACGAAGACGAAGACGAAGACGAAGACGAAACCCGUCCUACGAGCGGCUACUGGCCUACAAAUAGGCGCUGGCCCGGUUAUGAGUGUAUGCUGAAGGCAAAAACGUGCUUCGUGAAUGCUACUGAAUGUGGAGAAUAUCUCGCCUGCUACGAAGAGAAGACCACAUGUAUUCAAGCUGAGAAAAAAAAGCAGAAUCCUUCCAUGACAAGACCACCACCAAAAAUGAUUUGUAAAACUAUGUUCAAUGAGUGCAUGGAACGUGCAGGAAACGAUUGCUUUAAGAAAUACAUGUGCUACAGAAAGAAAGGCUUUUGCUACCGUAAACGAAAACAUGGACACCGAAAACCCUCGCGACAUCACGGCAAACAUCGCCAUCAUCACUGUCCACAUCACCAUCAUCGAUUUCUAACCAUGAAUCCAGAAAUGUUUAAGUGCAAGAUGCAAUGGAUAGGGUGUUUCAGGAAAGCCAGCAACUGCAGCGAAAGACUUCAAUGCAUGUACGACUUCCAUGACUGCAUGAAUCGUUCUCAUCCUACCGGUCCACCUCCAACAAUGCACCCUGAUGAAGAUGAAGAGAACAUGAACGAAAAUUCCCGAUGGAACCCAAAACUCGUGGCCAAGUGUAAAAAAGAAUUUAAAGGAUGCACUGAAAAUGCAUCCAGCUGUCCAUUGAAGUUGAGGUGCUUUUGGCGAAUGAAGAUGUGCUUCAAGUCUCACCAUAGACGUCCCUAUGGUUACAAGAACAAGAUGACGGUCAUGUCAAUAACCAGAAUCAAAAACCCGUACUAUCAAAACUUUGGCGGCCAGCGAAACAAAGAAAUGGGAAGCCGCUUUGGACAAACUGGAAGGCAGUGGGGAAACAGAGGAAUGGGUAGCUUUGGACAAAAUGGAAGACAGUGGGGAAACAGAGGAAUGGGUAGCUUUGGACAAACUGGAAGACAGUGGGGAAACAGAGGAAUGGGUAGCUUUGGACAAACUGGAAGACAGUGGGGAAACAGAGGAAUGGGAAGCCGCUUUGGACAAACUGGAAGUCCGUGGGGAAAACUAAGAAAGCUUAUCAGGCCAUAUCACUAAAAAGAAAUUGAAGAACAUGUAAUAACGUAUUGAAUAGCUGAAUGAUGUCCGUCUUUGCGGUUUUCAUAUGAGUGGGAAACGUUUCGUGUGAUUCAUCCAAUCACGACGCGCGCGCAGUUACGGUACAGCCACGAAGUUGGCUUAUCAUGACUUCCCACUUAUGCGAAAUCCUCUGUAUUUCACAAUAAUUGCUUUGAAAAGAUAAAAAGUGAUCUGAAAAUU